AUGAGCGGUGGUCGAAUAAGUUCAAGCGAUGCGCUUCGUCUACGAGUGCCGGCAACAGCGCGUUUGUCCACAGCUUCCACGAGUCUGUCGUGGUCCGCGGGAACCCAGCGGAGCCAGCCGCAAGCGUCUCCAGCGGCAGCUGCCCAGAGCGUACCCGAGCUGGACCGCGGUGCCUUCCUUCGCCGAGACUAUGUGAACCGUGAAAUAGAACGGAGGGCGGCGGAGUAUACACGCACCCGAGAACUUCGCUUUUUUGUCAGUACUUUUAACGUGAACGCCAAACCGCCGGUGUUUGACCUUUCGCCGCUGUUAAAAGACCACCGAGCAACACCAGCUUCACGCGACGCGCUCUGGGAGUCAUGGGCAGGCGCUCACGGUGCUGCCCUCGGGCCGCCCAGCGCUGGUAUGAAAGCUGGAAUCCCAGAAGUAGCGGCGGACGCUGGCGACGUCCUCAUCUUUGGCUUCCAGGAGGUGCAGAAGCUCUCCGGGACCGCCGCGGUCAUCACUGACGAGUCCCAAGGCCGGCCUUGGCGUGACUCUAUCCAAGCGCUGCUCGACAGCAUCGGCUCAUACGUCUGCGUGGUGCAAAGGCAACUGGUGGGCAUUCUGCUGCUCGUCUUUGUGCGAGCAGACCACGCAAACGCCGUGCAGAAUGUUCAGAUCACGAGCGCUGGCACUGGGAUUGCAGGUGUGGGUGGAAACAAAGGCGGCGUGGCUGCCAGAUUCCAGCUCUAUGACACGAACAUUUGUUGUGUAUGCUGCCACUUGAGCGCGCACGAACAGAAUCUGGAAAAACGCAAUGCCGAGUAUCGUGCGAUCAUGGAACGGGUCGUCUUCAACCCGAUGAGCGAUGACAACGGGAAUCCUGCACCGCUGCUGCCGAGCUAUCCUGGCUCUUAUGCCGUACCACAAACAACUUCGAUCCUCGAUCAUGAUGUGGUCUUCUUCUUCGGUGACUUGAAUUACCGUAUCGCGCUGCGCCCCGAAGAAGUUCUCCGAUGCAUCAAGGCCGGCGAUUGGCAGUAUAUGGCCAGCCACGAUCAGCUGAAUUCUUGCCGGUCCAUGGGAUUCGCAUUCGAGCCUUUUUCUGAGGCACCUCUACAAUUUGCACCGACCUACAAGUACAAGCCAUUCGAGAACGAAUAUGAUAGUGAUCCGGACAAGCCGGGUACAUUGAAGCGGACACCCGCCUGGUGCGAUCGCAUCCUCUUCCGCGGAAACGGGAUGCGGAUUCGCUCGUAUCGAAGGCAUGAGAUUUUUGCUUCCGAUCAUCGACCAGUUUCGGCCAUUUUCACAGUCCCUAUACAGCAGAUCGAUCGCGAGCGGCGGCAGGCCGUAUGUGAUCGUCUGUGGCGAGAGAUUAGUCGACGGGAAAAUGAGACCAUACCGCGGCUGGCGGUCUCCGAAAACGAUAUUGUCAUCGGAACCGUUCGCUUUCGAUCACCGCUGUAUGUACACUUCACCAUCACCAACGUGGGCCGCGUCCGAACACGCUGGUACCUUCCGCUGCAGUACAUCAAGAAAUGGAUGCACUGCGUUCCGUCGAGUGGAGAGCUGGAACCCAAGCAACAAGUGCGCGUCCAAAUCAAAAUUCUCGUCGACGAGCAUUGUGGAUACUCAGCCAUGCUCGCCGAGGCACCGCGAAUAGAGUGCACGCUCGUUGCACAGGCGGAAAACGGUGCGGCGUGCUUUGUAGCGCUACACGGCCGCUAUGCGCCCACAAUUUACGGCUGUUCGCUCGAGCUGCUGGCCUCGCGGAACGGUGGCAAUGGGUUCAUGGUGCCGGAACUCUGGCUCAUGGGUGAUGCGCUCUUGCAUCGGCGCAUCCUGGGCACGAAUCGCAACCUUUUCGUAGAAAAUUGCCCAGACACGCAAGCAGUCGAAUCGUUACGCGAUGCCUUGGCAAACACCACCGCAGCUGUUCGCGAAGAGGCGCUUGAAAAGGCGCCGCCCCUGGCCCUUGGGCAGGUACUCGUAGAGUUUCUGCGCUACCUCGAGACACCAAUCGUCCCAUUCGACUUAUAUGAUGACUUUAUGCAAGCAGCCGGAUCUGGCGACGCACGCGCCGUCCUCCACGUCAUGACUAGAGCCCCGCCUAUCUAUCGUAAUACCUUUGUGUAUGUGCUUGCCAUGGUAAGAGAGCAUCUUCAACGACUUGCGCUGGAUUUGCGGUCUGAGCGAGACGCGAAUCCAACGGCGUCGCUAACCCUGAGACUUGCGCACGCUUUUGGGACUGCACUACUGAGACGUAGGCCAUCCGAACAAGCAGCUGGUGGCGAUGCUGGCGACGCCCAUCUCGACAGGGCGCGCUGUCUGCUGCCGCUGCUUCGGGCUCUUGAAACAGCCGAUGAUACGCGCGAUAGCGAUGCCGCGAGCCAGACUACGGAAGAUGCAAGCAAUGGAUCCGCGUUUCCUCUCUAUGAACUAUUGUUUGACUCUGUAUAA